AGCACUGCCUGGCUCCACGUGCCUCCUGGUCUCAGUAUGGCGCUGUCCUGGGUUCUUACAGUCCUGAGCCUCCUACCUCUGCUGGAAGCCCAGAUCCCAUUGUGUGCCAACCUAGUACCGGUGCCCAUCACCAAUGCCACCCUGGACCGGAUCACUGGCAAGUGGUUUUAUAUUGCAUCGGCCUUUCGAAACGAGGAGUACAAUAAGUCGGUUCAUGAGAUCCAAGCAACCUUCUUUUACUUUACCCCCAACAAGACAGAGGACACGAUCUUUCUCAGAGAGUACCAGACCCGCCAGAACCAGUGCUUCCAUAACUCCAGUUACCUGAAUGUCCAGCGGGAGAAUGGGACCAUCUCCAGUUAUGAGGGAGGCCGAGAGCAUUUCGCUCACCUGCAAUUCCUCAGGGACAACAAGACAUUGAUGUUUGGUUCCUACCUGGACGAUGAGAAGAACUGGGGGCUGUCUGUCUAUGCUGACAAGCCAGAGACAACCAAGGAGCAACUGGGAGAGUUCUACGAAGCUCUCGACUGCUUGCGCAUUCCCAGGUCAGAAGUCGUGUAUUCCAAUUGGAAAAAGGAUAAGUGUGAGCCACUGGAGAAGCAGCACGAGAAGGAGAGGAAACAGGAGGAGGGGGAAUCCUAGGAGGACACAGCCUUGGAUCAGGACAUCCUGCCCCUCCAACCCGACACGUGUACCUCAGCUUUUUCUCUCACUUGCAUCAACAAAGCUUCUGUGUUUGGAACAGCUAGGUUUUUAGUCAUUUGUUCAUUCAUUCAUUCUGAAGGCUGCCCUGAGUUCAACCCUGGCUGGGCACUGGAUAAGACGCUGUCCCUGGUGGGAAGAGCCCCACACAUGGCAGGAUGGAUGAUGACAGGCACCGAGUGUUACGGGAGCCCAGCACUGUGGGAAGACGCUGUCUUCUGCAGGGCGAAAGUCUCGGAAGGCUUCCUGGAAGGGGCAUCUGAACCAAUCUAGAAAGAUGAGGAGCAUAAUACAACCUGUUGUUCCUGUGCACAAUGUGUGAUGAUCAAAUCAGGGUCAUUUCCACCACCUCAAACGUUUACCAUUUCUUUGUGUUGGGGACAUUAUCACACAGUUCCCCAUAAAUAUGUACAUUAUGUGUCCAUUUAAAAUAAUACAAGCAAACAAAUGUGAAUUUCUAAACUGAGACUACUGUAAGGCCUUUCUCCUAAUAGUAAGAUUGUAAUAAAACUUCAACUAGUCAU